GUAUGGCGGCGAGAGACGAUGUCGAACGUGUCAAGCUGCCAUCGCAAUCCAAGAAACUCAAAUUACGGCAGCUAGGCGUAUACGCACUCAUUCUAUGCUUUCUACAAGAAACAUGGAGCAAGUCGGUGCAACUGGUCGCUGACACUGCACCAGCUGACGCAGGCGAGCCAUUUGUUGCAGUCAAUAUCCCUUCCUACUCAAAUAUUCUUGUCGAUGGCCUACGAUAUGGCGCAUACGACACACAUCGCGGACGUAACUCAUGCUACGCUUACAUCGACGGUCGUGUUCCUGUGCGCAUUACUCACAUCUUUCAUGUCAGACACUCUCGGCGUGAUCGUAGCCUCGCAGCCCUCGAGUGUACAUGUGCGGUUGUGCAGCGAUUUGUUUAUGACGAAGACAUUCCGGAUAUGCCAUGGGCUACACGAGCAACUGACCUGGGUAUAAACACUUGGCGAGCAGAGUCAUUGGCUGCACCCGAGGUCGUCGAAGUCAAUCGAUUCUCUGGUCAUUUUGCUCUUGCAGUUGUACCUCACCGCGAGCAAGAACUCUGGGUGACGAUGUCCCUAUGCCAUGACACACAAGAACCAGACAUACUCGACGAUGCGGAAGAGCCCGGUGAGGCUCCGGAACGUUUGGAAGCAGCAGCCGGUUGAUUCACCAUAAGGCCACGUCCUCUCGCCCUUCCGCUUGCCCUCUCACGCCCAUGCAGCCCAUCCGCUUGCCCUCUCACGCCCGCCUGCUUUCCCUCACGCGCCC